AACAUCUUUGGUCAGUGCUGUGCGGCGCACAUGGAAUGUGUUUGUUUAUAUUUAUGUUAGGUUGAAAUGAAUAGCGUUUGAAAACUUUGAACUAUACCUAGCACCAGUUUUUUGAUUACUUGUUAUCAGAGUUCAGUAAUUUACGCAGGCUAUCACGUUCGAGAGGGUAAUAAUGCGUUACUCUCAUUUUGUAGAUAAUGAGUUGCGGACUGGGAAAAGUGUGUUAGUAGCACGGAAAAGAAAACCACCUUUCACCAAGUUUUUAUACCUCUUUCACGAGACGUCAUUGAUGUGUUGCUGCCCGUUGUAAAGUCUACCGUUCACAAUGCUUGAUCUAAACUUGCUGAAAAUUGGAUUUGCGUUAUUAACUCUGGUGAUGAUAGUUUUGGGAAGCCUUAUGAAUACAGUUGAGAAACGUUUGCCUAGUUUUGUGAAACAGACUUUUAGAUACGGUAGAUUCGCUUAUCAAGGCAAAGAUACGUUUCUGAAACCCAUCGAAGUUCCUAAAAGGUGGUUUCGCCAUUUUUAUGUUUUUGGAGCUUUCUUCACAUCAUUAAUAUUUGUGGUUGUACUGAGAGUAUACAUUUUUCACGGCAAGCCACAUCCAUUGUUGCUUGCUUUACUGGAUUUGCUUGGGUCAACUAGCCGCAGAGCAAAUGUUUCACCUACGUCAGUAUUGCUUGCUUUGUUCCUGUUAACUCUGCAGUCUUGGCACCGCUUUUAUGAGACAUGGGUCAUUAGCAUAUAUUCAAACUCAUACAUAAAUAUAUAUCAUUACAUCAUUGGUUAUGGACAUUACUUCGGAUCAGUUAUGGCUGUCCUGUGUGAGUCUCCUGGUUUUAUAAAUAACCAAGAACAAAGAGUGCAGUUAAAUUUUGGAGACAUCUCAUUCCUUGAAGUCAUUGGAGUGACUACGUUUCUUUGGGCAUGCUACAAUCAGUACAGGUCUGCGAUAAUUCUUGCAAACUUGAGAAAAAACAAAAAUGGCCAAGUUGUAACAACAAAACAUAGUAUACCCUACGGAGGAUGGUUUGAACUUGUGUCAUCUCCACAUUUUCUUGCUGAAAUAUUAAUGUAUAUGGCAAUAUCAAUAAUUUUAAGAGCAGCAAACACGUGGCACGUAGUCUUUCUUUGGGUUCUGAGCAAUCAGGUUGAAAGUGGACUCUUGUCACAUUGGUGGUAUAAGGCAACAUUCCCCAACUACCCCAAGGAAAGGAAAGCUGUAAUACCAUAUGUUUUAUGAAAGUUCUAAUAGACUGAUUACAAUAUUUUUUCUUGAGUAAUGUUGGCAAUAGUAUACUCUGAUGAAGUUGUAAGGAAACGCCAAGCACUGUUGAAUUACAUCUGUCUGUAUAUCAUUAUCAUUUCAUUUUUCUGUUUGUUCAUAUCUAUUAUUAUGUGAUAAUCUUCUGUUCAAGUCAUAAUGAGGGAUAUUUUUGCUAAAACAAAAAUGUUAAAAACAAUAGCUCUAAUUAAUAAUGUAGUGGUUAUUGGCCUACAUUUAAAGGGAAGAGACAGUUAAUUACGUUAAGUACUCUGUACUUACAGUUUACAGCCUCUGCUAAAUAACUACAUGCAUUUUGCAUAUAUAAGUCAUUAACUGUUCACACAUUUUGGAAAUGACAGAGUAAGUGCAGAAGUGUGGGGACUGUUUUGUUUGUAUGCUUCUUCAUUUUUAACUAUUUAUUUACAUAUUUAUGCAGUUUGCAUUAGUACUUUUCUUGGCAGAUUGACAAUAUUAUUUAGGUUUGUUUAUUUUUUGCUUUAAAAUCCCAAUGUGGAAAUUACACAUGACAUUUAUAAUAACAGUUGUAUAUUAGUACCUCUCUUACAAUUGAUACACUGUUGAACUGUCAAAAAAUUCUUGAGCAGUUGUAACUUAGGUCUAAAUGACAUUCCUGUAGUGUGUAGACAAAAAACCAAAUUUGUUACCUUAAUGUAAUAUCUUAAUUGAGAAUUAUUGUUAAUGUUUCAUUGAGGUGAUAACAGAUUAUUAAGUGAAUUUAGCAGUACAGUUUGGUACUAUACCUGGAAAUAAGAGUUGCCAUAUAUUACCAAUGCUGUUGUGAAAUGAUAACUACACAAGCAGCAGUAAAAACGCUUUACCCUAACUGUAGCUCAUCUUGGGUGUGUCCAACUUUUGCCAUUAAGCACAUGCUGAGAUGGAGGACCAUCAGAGAACAGUAUCGAUCAAGCAGUGACGAACAGGGGUUGGGAGCCACCAUACUAAGAUAAACUAGGGUGUAACUUCCCUAGUAGGUUAAUUCUUGAGUCUCUCACAACCUAUCCGAUUAUGAACAUGAUAUCUUUUUAUUUUUGUUCUAUCGACUCCACCUAGUUCAAAAUGGAUCCUUUGACCUUACUAUCGUACAUCCACAUUUUCAAAACUCCAGUAAUUUAAAAGACUGCACAUAGAUUGCCUUUUUUUUUUUGAAGUCUGUAAUAUCUUACUGCCCUGCGAAGUAUUGGGGGAGCUAAUUUAACAGUUACUUACCCUGAGUAAAAUAAGAGUUCGUAAUUAGUUAAUAUUUUUAAAUUUGUCUUGUAUUUGGUUUUUUAAAAAAAAUUUAAUCAUAAAA